CGUCUCGAACUGUCAUAACAAAAGCGCAUCGCGAAGGAAGACGGAGGCAAGCGCGGCAUCUUUUCAACACGCUUGUGAAAUUGCGAUCUAAUUUUGCUGCGAAAUUUCCACUUUCAAGUCGUUCUAACUCCACAACCCAACCAUGUCGGACCCCAGCUCCAAGGACACGGUGCUGAAAACCGCAAUGAUUUACGUUUGCGGCGAAUGCCACCACGAGAACGAGAUGCGACCCCGGGAUCCGAUCCGUUGCCGAGAAUGUGGCUACCGCAUCAUGUACAAGAAGCGAACAAAGCGAUUGGUUGUCUUCGAUGCUCGUUAAACUGAUGGUGGUUCGAGAAUUUGUGAUGUUUGGAUUAAUCAAGUGUGUGCGACUUCAACUUCAAUAUAUUAAAAUAAGGUAAAAA